AUGCAUAUUGCUCUUUACACUCUCGCCUUCUCGGCCGCCUCUACCCUCGCGGUUCCGAUGUCUGUGACAUCCUACAACCGCACUCUGAACGCUGGCGUUCCCACCCGAAUCCUUGCUCCCGUCGCCGAGGCCGUGAACACCCCCGAGCAGCACAAUCACCUCGAGGCCCGUACCUUCGGUCUACUGGCAUGGCUGGCCCACAAACACGGCCUGUUGGGAGGUAGCGGCAGCGCCGAUGUCAGCGGAAGUGCUGGUCUGGGUGGCAGCCUUGGUCUCGGAGGCGGCCUUUCUGGUGCCCUUAGCGGUAGCGGUAGCGCCGGAGCUGAUGCAAGCGGAAGUGCUGACGCUAGUGCCGGAGGUAGCGCUUCUGGAAGCGCUGGAGGCAGUGCUAGCGGAGAUGUUAGCGGGGGUGCGUCCGGCAGCGCUGGCGGUAGUGCUGGGGGAGACAUCUCCGGUAGUGCUGGUGGUGAUGUUUCUGGAAGCGCUGGAGGCAGUGCCGGUGGUAGUGCCAGCGGGGACGUCUCCGGUGGUGCUGGCGUCAGUGGUAGUGCGUCAGGAGAUGCCGGAGGCAGUGCUACCGGAGAUGUUAGCGGUGGUGCGUCCGGCAGCGCUGGUGGCGACGUUUCUGGCAGCGCUGGUGCUUCUGGAGGCGCCAGUGGAGGAGUCAGUGGCGGUCUCUCCGGAAGCGCUGGUGGAGAUGUCGGUGGUGAUGUCUCGGGCAGUGCUGGCGGCAGCGCCAAUGGUGGUGUUAGUGGAGGUGUCGGCGGUGGUGCGUUCGGCAGCGCUGGUGGCGACGUAUCUGGCAGCGCAAAGGGAGGUGCUUCCGGCGGCGCCGGAGGUGAUGUUUCUGGCAGUGGAGGCGCUGGAGCUGACGUUGGUGGCAGCUCUUCUGGAAGCGCAGGAGGAAGUGCCAGCGGCAGUGCCAGCGGAGGCGUCGGAGGCAGUGCUGGCGGAAGCGCUGGCGGCGAUGUCAGCGGCAGCGCAGAAGGCGACACCGAAGGAAGCACCGGUGCUGGAGUUAGCGGAACUGCUGGUGGAAGUGCCGGUGGCAGUGCAGGAGGCAGCGCUGGUGGUGACGUCUCUGGAAGUGCUGGAGGACACGCCGGUGGAAGCGCCAGCGGUGAUGUUUCUGGCAGCGCAGGGGGAAAAGCUGGCGGCAGUGCUGGCGGAGACACCGAAGGAAACACCGAAGGAAGCACUGGCGCCGGUGUCAGCGGGACCGCGGGCGGAAAAGCCGGCGGCAGCGCUGGUGGAAGCGCUGGUGGUAGUGCCAGCGGUGACAUCUCCGGAGGUGCCGGAGGACAGGUUGGUGGCAGCGCUGGCGGCGAUGUCAGCGGCAGUGCCGGUGGUGACACUGAAGAAAACGCAGGCGACGAUGUCAGCGGGACCGCGGGCGGAAGUGCUAACGGAGGAGCCAGCGGAGAAGCCAGCGGGCACCUUGGCGGAAGCGCGGGUGGCCACGCCGGCUCUGGUGCUAGCGGCUCGGCCUCGGGCUCCGGCAGCUCCAGCAGCAGCUCAUCUUCUUCAUCGUCCAGCUCUUCUUCCAGCUCCUCGUCUUCUUCUUCUUCCUCCAGCAGCAGCUCUUCAUCAUCCGCUGGAGGAGAGGACUGCGCUGAAUGUGAAGCCGACUCUUCUCCUUCCGAGUCUCCUGAGGAUUGCGACGAGUAG